AUGAAAACUUUUUCGACCAGAAUCACCAACUAUGAACUGCAUGAUUGUAUUGAUUUUGAUAAAGUUAUAGAAAUUAAUAAUGGUGGUUCAGGAGUGAUUUAUAAAUCUGAGUGUAAAUGUUGCAAAAUCACGAGAGCUCUUAAACGCCUAAGAGAUAGUACACCAAACCAAAAUUUCAACGGUGAG